AAACCGCUUCAGAUGAUACAGGCACAUAUUAUCGUAAAGUUGCAAGAGAGUAUAAGAUACCACUUUCUGAGUGGGGCUUAGUGAGCGAUUAUAGAUAUAAUUUCAACGCACCUUAUUAUGCGAAAUCCCAACAUUGUCCACAUGCAAUUUAUGUCCACAUUAAUAACUUUCGUCUCAUAGAUAAUUUCGAACCACUCUACAAAAUCUAUCCAUCUUCUUUCUUUGCCCAUGAUCGAGCACUGGUACUAACGUGGGACAUAGAAACAUACGAUUCACGUGGGUUGGGGAACUUCCCAGAAGCGAAAAAUGACACGUCCCAGGUUUUUACGAUCUGUAUGACUCUACACUGGAAAGACAACCCAAAACCAUUAGAACAGAUAUGCCUUGUCGACGUUGAGACGGCACCAGACCUGGACUGGAUUACUAUUAUAUGUGGAAACCAAGCUAAUGUAUUAAAAGCUUUCGCUUUAUGCUGGAAAACUUUUGCUCCAGACAUCCAGCUCGGUUUUAAUGACUCUGGUUAUGAUUGGCCCUUCAUCAUAGAAAAGGCCACCAAGUUAAAUGUUUUCGACUGGAUGGUCCAACAAAUGUCAGCAAAUCC